CAAUAAAUAUAGACUUCUCUAAGGUACCAAAUGAUUUUUCUACUAGUGUUGUUGUGGCUGCUGCUAGUCAGGCUCUGGGUACUUCACCAGCAAAUGUUCAAACUUUCUCUUCAUCAACUAACUCAUCAUUUGCAGCGUUUCUCAACAAUCCAACAUCUUCACCACCCGAGACGAGUAAUCCCACAUCACCCAGUACAUUUCCUUCAUCACCAUCAACAAUAUGUGAUACUCUUUCCCCGUCCACCAGCCCCGGGAUGUGUUCCCCGUUACGCGAUGAAGAAAAGGGACCGUUUAAUGAACAUCGUAGAGCAGCACAUUUAUCUGCUGAACAAAAACGGCGUUGUAAUUUAAAGAAUGGUUUUGACACAUUGGUUGUGUUAGUACCAGCAUUAGCACAGAAUCCUAAAGCCAGUAAAGCUGAUAUGUUACGGAAAACUGCAGAAUUCUGUAAAAAAUUAAAGGCAGAACGAUCCCAGAUGCAGAAAGAGGCUGAAAUAUUACGACAAGAAAUUGAAGUUUUAAACAAUUCUAUCAGCAUGGUCCAGUCACAGUUACCUGAAACAGGUGUUCCUGUUACCAGGCAACGCGUGGAUCAGAUGAAAGAAAUGUUUGAAGAAUAUGUUAAAAAUAGAACCUUACAGAACUGGAAAUUCUGGAUUUUUUCUACGAUAAUCGGGCCAUUAUUUGAUACCUAUAAUAAUAUGGUAUCAACAGCUAGUAUUGAUGAUCUGUGUAGAACUGUGCUCGCUUGGUUAGACCAACAUUGUUCAUUAGUUUCACUUAGACCCACUGUGUUGAAUGCCCUGAGAAUGUUGAGUACAACCACCAGUAUUUUAACGGAACCGGGUCGUGUUCGAGAACAGGCUACGCAGGCCGUAACAAAUAAAAAGCCUUUAAAUGAGAAAACAUUGCGUUCCUGAAACUGAGUAUAAAAACACUGAUGGUGUAGAUGUAGAUUAUUUUAUCAUGAAGAAAUAACCAUUUAUCGUGAGUUAUUGUUGUUGAGUGGAGUCCCAUGUUGAAUCGACCAGAAUGGGAAUGGGAAAAAAAAAUUAGUUUUGUGACAGAAGAGUUGAUUAUCUUUGCUAAACGAGAUUGGAUUUAUUGUUGUUUGUUUGUUUUCAACAUAUUCAUAAUAAAAGAAACAGUAUAAAUAUUGUACGAGAGAUAUCGUCAUGGAUACCAGGAUACUAAGAGAAACCGUAUAAAUAUUGUACAAGACAGACAAUAUGGAGGAUAAUGUAAUGUGAAAGGAUAUUAGUGUUAUAUGUUCGUUCUAUGAACAUGAUUUAAAAUCUGGUUCCACUUUGUUCCAGUUAAACAAGAACUAGAUCCUUUCAAUACCAGUUGAAUAUCAACCGGUUUUCUUGUAUGACAAGAAUAGAAAUAAUAGUUGUGCGAUUGACAAAUGGCAGAAAAGUUUUAUAAAUUAAAGAUGUUUUAAAAUGAAGAAAGACUACUGAUAAGUUGAAAUAGAGGUCUAGCUGUAAAACUGCCUUCUACUUGUGCAAUCAUUACUGACUACAGAUGUCUAUAAUAGAAAGUUGAACAGUUUAACCUGAUCACAGAAACAUUACUGACUACAGAUAUCUAUAAUAGAAAGUUGAACAGUUUAACCUGAUCACAGAAACAUUAAAUAACAUAAUUACAAAUAAUUACAGAAACUGUAGAUAGGGCCUACAAGAUUACAUUAGAUACAUGAUUACAGAAACAUGUAGAUACAUGAUUACAGGAACAUUGGAUACAUGAUUACAGGAACAUUAGAUACAUGAUUACAGGAACAUUAGAUACAUGAUUACAGAAACAUUGGUUACAUGAUUACCGUACAAUCCAUUUUAAAAUUAAGAAUUGACAACAGGUGUAAUAUAAUCUGCCCCCCAAAAUCCUGUCACUUUUUUUUAUCUUAAAUUACUGGGUAGAAAAAAACCCUAGGUCCAAAGGCGAGAGGUGCCUUCAAGAAGGUGUGGAGGGAUCUUUCAGCCAGCGCGGUUAAAUACGAACAAGCUGGUGUUAGGGUAAGGAUUAAAUUUCAAUAGCUCUGAUUUUGAAUUGUCCUGGCAGCAAAGGGCCACUACAUCCCGUGACCCUAAGGCCGAAGGUGUCUGGCAGCCAAGGGCCACCACAUCCUGUGACCAUCAGAUCGAAGGUGUCUGGCAGCCAAGGGCCACAACAUCCUGUGACCAUCAGAUCGAAACCUCUGCCAACCCUAGUGGUAUAAAUCCCAAGUAGAUGAAAGGUUGAUUCAAUUUGAUGUUAUAAGAUACAUGUAGUAGAGGUAAGACCUUUACCUGCUUUCUUCAGGUGAGAUAGUACAGGUAUAUCUACCUUCUACUUUAUAAACUGUUUGAUUUUAUAAGAUAGUGCAGGUACAACACAUGUAAUUUAUAAACUGUUGUAUUAUUACAGGUGAGAUAGUGCAGGUACAACACUUCUAUGUUAUAAACUGUUGUAUUAUUACAGGUGAGAUAGUGCAGGUACAACUGUUGUAUAUUUGUCUGUGGAAUAUUUAAUCUUUUAGUGUCAGUAGAUAGAACGAACUUUUAUUAAUAAAAUGAUAAGGCAGCUAACUGGUAUAUAGAAAAUAGAACAGUACCUGAAUAUAUGCUGGAACAUUGUAUGCUGUUGUUAAAUAGUUUAUUUAAAUAUAAUGAGUUUAUUUAUCAGUGGAGAUGAUGAUGAUUAUUAGAGAAUAAUUUAUAAUUGUUUAUAAUAUAAUUGUUUUGGUCUGAAUUUUUUAAACUGUUAACAGUGCUAUAAAUAAUAAUAAAUGUUGAAGAAUCAUAAUUUAAA